GAAAACCCUAGGGCUGAUUGAAGAGUUGGAGGAAAAAAAAAAAAAAGAUGGGCAGUUUUGGGGCCAGUUAUUUUAUGCCCCAUAUACUUUUUCCAUGUUGCCCAUUGAUGGUGAUGAAGAAAGUGAACGCUUCAAUAAAGAACCCUAAUUUCAUGGGGUUUCCUGCAUAUUUAUCAAAGCGCUCUCUUGUGUUUUUAAGUCCAAACCCGUUUUUAGAGAUGGAUUCAUCUCUCAAAAUGAAGAUUUGGAAUGAAAGAUGGAGACUGAAGGCUUCUUCAAAGUGGAAUCAUCCUAAAUCCCCUUAUGCAUUCCUUGAGUUGGAAAAAGAUGCAGAUGAGGAGCAAAUAAAGGUUGCGCAUAGGCGUUUGGCGAAAACCUAUCAUCCUGAUGUUUAUAAAGGCAAUGCAACCCUAGAUAAAGGAGAAACCGCUGAAGCUCGCUUCAUAAAUAUUCAAGCGGCUUAUGAGUUGCUUAUAGAUGAGGACCGCCGAAGACAGUAUGACCUGGACAGUUUAGCAAGACCAUCAAUCUUCACUGUUGUCAACUAUGGAUUCACCGAAGAUGACCAAAAAUACAAUGCCCGAACGGCAAAUGUCCGAGAAGAAGAGGAAGAGGAGGAAAGAAUAUUAAAAAGAAAGAAGAAGAAGAGGAAGAGGAGAAAGCGCUUCUAUGCGGAUGGAUGGAUGUGUAAACCCUGUUGUCCAGCGUUUGGGUAG